CCUUCCCGACCAUCAUCGUCCUCUACGUGGUUCAGUCAACAUUAAAACGCGCUGCUAGAUAUGUACCGAAAAAUAGUGAUCGCGAUAACGUCGCUCUUAUCUCGAUAAGCGGCCCUCGACUAUGUCACACAUAGUUUAGUUUCGGUGUAAUAAAAGUGUGGAAAUGUUCAAAAAAAAUCGCCCGAAGCCGACGCUGGCCCACUCGGACGCGGUGGAAAACAACAACGUGGUGAAGAGCAAAGUGCCCCCGUCCCCGGUGUCGCCCAUCAGCAAGGCCUCCUUGCAGUUCCAUUGCCAGCUCGCCCACGGCAGUCCCACGGUCUUCGUCUCCGGAUUCUCAAACGUCAAGGAACUCUACCAGAAGAUCGCCGAAUGCUUCGACUUCCCACCCUCGGAGAUUCUCUUCUGUACGUUAAAUACGUACAAAGCUGACAUGAAAAAACUACUAGGGGGUCAAAUCGGUUUAGAAGACUUUAUUUUCGCACACAGAAAAGGCCGACCUAAAGAGGUCGAACUCGUCAAAACCGAAGACGCUCUAGGACUCACAAUCACCGACAACGGCGCCGGUUACGCGUUCAUAAAACGGAUCAAAGAAGGCUCGGUCAUACACAGCAUCCCCCACAUCCAAGUUGGCGACCACAUAGAGAAGCUCAACGGGGAGGUAAUGGUCGGCAAACGGCAUUUCGAGGUCGCCAAAAUACUUAAAGAAAUACCCAAGGGGGAGACCUUCACGAUCCGAUUGGUCGAACCCUUGAAGAGCGGCUUCAACAGCAUAGCCCCCAAGAGCGCCAAGGGGGGCGCCAAGAAGUCCAACUUCGGCUCGGGGCGCGAAACGCUGAGGUUCAAGGCGGGGGGGAACGCGGAAAUCGAGGAGAAGGACGACGUGAUGGAGGUGGGGAUCGAGAAGAUCAACGCGAUUUUGGAGAGCUUCCUGGGGAUCAACGACGAGGACCUCGCGACCCAGAUCUGGGAGGUGGCCCAGGGGAAGAGCAACUCGAUGGAUUUCGCCGACGCCGUGGACAAUUCGGACUUGGAAGAGUUGGGAUUCACCGACGAUUUGGUGAUUGAGCUGUGGGGCGCGAUCACGGACGCCCGUGACGGGAGGAUUUGAGUAUUUUGAGUGCCACUUAUUUUUAAGUUUUUUUUUCGGACUUGGGGUCCACUAGACAAUGAAAAUCUAUCUUGUAAUUUUUAAAAUAAAGACAAUUUGAGUAUA